AUGUGUAAUGGAAACUAUGCUAUUCUGAACAGCAAAUUAUUUGAUAUCUUAGUAUCAUUUUAUGGAAAACAUAAGUUCGAAACUGUACUCGAAUUCAGUGAAAGUAGUGUUUUACGUGAUUGUUUUCAAUUUGAAACUGUAGAUAAGUACACAGACUAUCUUGUUUCAGUUUCAGCAGCAAACGAAAAGGCAUAUUUUAGACGUUUGGCGAAAGAUUUAGAAGAAGACUUAAUAAUUGAUGUAUUUGAAAAUCGACAAAUGCAGUUUCCCCUAUAUCGAACAAAGUUUAUUAGAUUCCUCAAUGAAUCUAAAUGCAUGAUCGAGCAUGUGCUAGCAUUUCCUAUGAAAAAAUAUUCACUUAUGUCGUUGAUGGCAGGUUACGGUUAUAAUGAUAUUGUUCAAUUAUUUCUAGAUAAUGGAUACCAAACAGUUUUGGAAGAUUCAAAUGAGUGUACACCUCUGUUAUGUGCAGCUUGUAAGGGACAUGCAAACACAGUUGAAAUACUGUUAAAAUGGGAUAGCAAUCCAAACAUAAGAAACAAAAAGAAUAACACGCCCUUACACGUAGCCGCAAAAUAUGGUUUUAAAGACAUUAUUCAGUUACUACUAGAUUACCAUGCUGGCAUAAACCCUACUAACAAGUUUAACAGAACACCUUUAUGGAUAGCAUCCUCUGUGGGCAACGUUGAAAUAGUUCGUCGUUUAUUAAAACAUAAUGCUGACCCGAAUAUUCAUGAUGACAUGAAUCAAACACCUUUAAUGGAAGCGUGUCGAAACGAUCACUUAGACGUUGUCUCUGUGUUGCUUGACUGCAAAGUCGAUUGUAACUGCAUGAACAUAUAUCACGAAACAGCUCUCUUUAUAGCGUCAAAUAAAGGUUCAUUUGAAAUUGUUAAAUUAUUGCUAGAAAAGAAUUGUCACCCAGAUAUUCCCAAUGCAGACAACGAAACCUGUCUUUGGAUAUCCUCAUUCUUGGGUAACACCGACAUUGUAGAAGAAUUACUCCAAAGACGUGCUGAUCCAAAUAUUUUAAAUACAAAAAACGAAUCGCCACUCUUGAUAGCUGCAAGUAUGGAUUAUCCUAGAAUUGUUAACAUUUUAAUUAACUACCAUGCUGAUAUAAACAUUGCCAAUGAAAACGGAGGAUCACCACUUUGGAUCGCAUCAAGCAAGGGUAACGCUGAGAUCGUGAAAAUACUUUUAGAACACAAUUGCGAACAUUUUAGUAUGUCCAAUAAUAUUCGAUUUUCACCUUUGCACAUAGCAACACUGAACAAAAAAACAAACGUUGUACAAAUUCUGUUAAAAAAGAAAUGCGAUCCAAAUAUAACAGAUGAAUAUUUCAAAACACCACUGCAUGUAGCAUGUGAUAUGUGUGCUAUUGAAAUAGUUGAAUUACUGCUUGAACACAAAAGUAACCCGAAUGCAGUUAGUAAAAAACAUGAGACGCCCCUUCAUAUAGCUACUAGAAACGGUUUUUAUGAAAUCGUUCAGUUACUGCUUCGCUACAAUGCCAUUUGUGACGUUACCGAUGUUAAAAAUGAGACGCCCCUUUACAUAGCAACGAAAGAAGGAAACAAUCGAAUUGUGACACUGCUUUUAGCACAUAAAUGUGACAUUAACAUUAAAAAUGUCAUUCACCAGAGCCCUCUGUAUAUUGCGACCAAUAACAAUUAUAUAGAGAUCGUAAAAUUACUACUACAAAGCAAUUGUGAUCCUAAUGUGCAUGAUGACAAGAAUCCGACACCUUUAUAUCUGGCAUCAAAAAAGGGUUUUGUUAAUAUCGUUGAAGAACUGCUUCUACACGAUAGUGAUCCAAACAUUUGUUACAAAACAAAAAAAUCGCCUUUGUAUAUAGCCUCUAGUAAAAACUACAUUAAAAUAGCCAACUUAUUGAUACAACAUGGAGCUUUUCUUGAUACCAAUAAUUUAUCGUAUGUGCCUCUUUUGGUGGCAACACGCAAAAGUAACAUUGACAUUGUGAAAUUAUUAUUAAAAGAAGGCUGCAAUCCUAAUCACCUGGAUCAAAACAAUGAGACAGCAUUGCAUAUUGCUUCGCGAUGUGAUCACAGAAAGAUAGUCAAACUAUUGUUGGAUUACAACUGUUAUCCUAAUUCUACAAACAACGAGAAUCAAACUGCCAUUCAAAUUGCAAAACUGAAACAAUAUAACGGUAUCGUUGCGUUAUUACAAAAGACUGAUUCCUGA